AUGCCGUUGGGGGACAAAAACCUGACUGACUUUGCCCCGUUGCCACCACCCGUAGACCCACUGAAGGAGAGGAGCAAACAAGAGGUGGAGGUAGUGUUGAAGAAAACAAAGAAAAAGAGAGCUGCCACUGAGGGGAGUAAGAAUGCCCUAGUUUUGAAGAAGUUGAAGGAGAGGAAGACGGAGGGGGACUCAGAAAAGGAGAAGCCAGAGGAGGAAAAGGUGAAGGAGGCUCCAGAAAAGGAGACCGCCGAAGCCGCGAAGGGUGACAAGGGCCCAAGCGCCCAAGUGCUGGAAGAACACGUGGAGACCGCCCAGGCGGCGAAGGAAGACAAAGGUCCGAGCACCCAAGGGGUGGCGACGGUGAUAAAACUGGAAGCGGAGCGCCGUAAGGCGAUAUUGCUGGAGUUCGAACUGGAAGGCGAGAAGAAGCAACUGGAGUCGGUCCGAGAAGCCUGCACCACCACCAAUGAAAGGUGGGAAGAGGCUCUGGCCAAUAAUGAGGAUCUGCACGCUCAGUCAAUCAAGGACAAGGAAGAAGCAGAUCAGCGGAUUGCUGAGUUGGAGAAGGUUUUAGCGGAGGAAAGGGUCAAAUUGGCGUUGGAGAGAGCGGCGCACCCCGACCUGUGUAAGGCGGCGGUGGAGCAAUUAAAGGAGUCGGUCGAAUUCCAGAUAGCCAUUGACGCCGCUGUCGCUAGGAGCUUGGCGAGAGAGGGGGAUGGGGGGGCUGGACCAUUAAGAGCGGUCGUUGGAAGUAGGAGCGAAAAGGAAGUGAUCCAGAGCUUCCAGCGGUCGGACUUCUACGAGCAUGAAAUGGCUAAGUUCUGGGAUAGUGGCUAG